AAAUUUUCUCGCAGUUGCCGAUUUGACGUUUAGCUUAUAACAAGUUCUUGGAGCACUCGUAGUUUAAUAGUAGACCCAGUAGUAGAAGCGACUGUUCUGAGUAGUAUCAUUUAGCUAGUGGUUAAUAAAUCCCAGGCCACCUCGAUUUGGCCUUUCCACUACUUUGGAUAUGGACGGGUUUUCCAGCAAUCAGUGAUAGUUGUGUGCGCAUUGAUCCCGACGGAAAGAAAAAUUGUGUUCCAAACUCUGUAGGCCAUAUUUCGGUUCUAGUGAUUUUUCAAAGUGACCGUGUCGCAGCCAAACAUUCAGACUCCUAAAUAUAGUGAAUUUGAUAGGAAAGAGUAUGUAAUAGUAACAUCCAUGUGUACUUAAUGGUUUAUAUAUAGCCCAAAUAGAUUGUUAUUAAAUCAAUAAUGCUCUGCUAUUUGGGGAAACGGUGUUGCUAGAGGUGGUUGAAAACUCGGUGUUAUUCUAGUUGAGGAUUGGAAAUGACAUGGUUGAACAGGGAAUCGUGUGCGUGUGUAAAGAAAUUUAAUUAUAUUGCUAAAAAAUCCCGAUUAAACAUAGCCGAAUGACAUAAUUGUGAUAAUUUUUAGUAUGCCCACUUUCCUUCUGAAGUAGAUAUCAGUGUAUGCGUGCGUCGUGCGUUCCGAUACAGAAAACCGAAACAGCGCCCCUGUUUUGAUGCGAAAAACAAGUCUACGACGAAUCGAGGAAAAAAACAGAAAAGAAAAUAAUGCGAUAAAUCUGUUUCGCGAAAUUGAAUUAUUUUUAAAAAUAUAUGGACACUUCUGGCGAGGAGAGCUCAAAUUUUACUGAUUGCGGCAUUCAGCACCUCAUUCACAAGGGAAAUUAGUCGGCGAACAUAUAGUUGUAUGAGUUGUAGUUCUCGACCGGGAGGAAUUCCAUCGGUCGCCAGGCUUAUCAAUAAUUCGACUGCUCCCCUAUCUGCAUAGGAAGGAUGCCAAAAUUCGUUCAACUGUCCACUCGCACGGGACAGCUGGUAGGAGAAACGUUGGAAAUGCUGCUGCUGUAAGGUGCUAGCGGACAGAGGAGGAUUCAAAGUAACUGGAUAAACAACCCGAGAUAGUGCUUGUGCUGUGUGGUUUUACUGUGUGACGGUGAUUUACGGCUAUGAAAGGCUCGGAAAAGUUGUGCAACCAAGCAUAAAUCGUAAGCAGAAAUGAUACGCAAAUUUGAGUGAGUCCUAGCGCCAGUAGAAAUGAUUUACAACCCGAACCGUAAGCGAGAAACUCGAUGUCUAUCUCGGUGUGUGCAGUGUGCAGUUGAGGCUUAGAAAAGGAAGGAAGAAACGAGAGUGUAGUUUCGUCCUUGCAUACUCAGGCUGAUCGGCGUCGUUCCAAAUCCUGCUAGAGCCAUGCAUCUACACUUUGAAAAAAGCACCAACACAAAAUGCGACUGCUCGAUCCUGUCCCUGUCCUGGAUGGGGAAGGUACCGGACGACAUACCGGAGGAGGAAGGUUGGAAGUUGAAUCGGACCAACUACUACCAGGAGGGCUGGCUGGCAACUGGGAAUGUUCGCGGAAUCGUUGGAGUAACGUUUACCACGUCGCACUGUAAGAAGAGUGUCGAUUACCCGCUAAGGACAAACUACAAUCUUCGUGGUCAUCGAUCAGAUGUAAUACUGGUGAAAUGGAACGAACCGUACCAGAAGCUGGCAAGUUGUGAUAGCUCCGGUAUCAUCUUCGUCUGGAUCAAGUACGAGGGUCGAUGGAGCGUGGAGUUGAUAAACGACAGGAACACGCCAGUAACACAUUUUUCCUGGUCUCAUGACGGUCGGAUGGCACUAAUAUGCUAUCAGGAUGGUUUCGUGCUGGUCGGUUCGGUUGCUGGUCAGCGGUACUGGUCUUCGAUGUUGAACUUGGAUGCCACCAUCACGUGCGGUAUUUGGACACCAGACGACCAGCAAGUGUAUUUCGGCACUACACAGGGUCAGAUUAUCGUGAUGGACGUCCACGGAGCAAUGGUUUCACAGGUACAGCUGUGCUCGGAAGUUGGCAUCACUGCAAUGGCGUGGUCUUGCGAGAAGUUUAAAAUGGAAGAAGGCGAAGACACGGAACCUGGGGUCACCAAUGCUUCCAAACGAUCUUUUGUACUAGCAGUAAGCUUCCAAAACGGGUAUAUCUACUUGCUGAAGUCUUUUGAUGACAUCUCGCCUUGUCACAUACACACCGAAAUGAAUGGCACACUUGGCUUCGUCAUGGAGUGGAGUAAUUCGCGAGAACUGCUAGCAGUAGCCGGUAGUGAAUGGGUGGCUAGCCCUGAACCGACCGACAACCCGCCCGUAACCUCGGUGUAUAACAAUUUACUGAAAUUUUAUACCGAAUCGGGAAAUCUUCUAUAUUCAGCCAAAAUACCUUGUAAUACGACACCGGUCUCGGCUCUAACCUGGGGACACAACGAUAAACGAAUAUUUAUUGCUACCGGAACUCAGGUGCACAUUGCGUGGGUCUCGCGACGUGUUGCGUCCCUUCAACUGUUCUGUCGAUUGCAAGUACAGUCUUCUCUUAGUUCGGAAGCCAUGCUACCGAAACUACCGCUUCCCGGACGAAUCAAAGCUUUGAUUGGUAAUCUGUUCGCGCAAACUAUCCGGUGUUGUGUUCCCGAUCUCAAAUCGUUGCGGGAAUUCGUUUCCAGACCACCCAUUUGCUCCACCCGGCUUCAUUGUACGAUGAUACGUCACGAUGACGAGGCCAACCAGAGCUCGGGAACUUGCUACACGUUGUAUCUAGAAUUUCUCGGUGGAUUAGUGCCACUGUUGAAAGGCAAACGCACAUCGAAGAUCCGACCGGAGUUUGUUAUUUUUGAUCCUCAAGUCGAUGUUCUUACAGAUAUAUCGUCGUUUUGUGCAUAUUCAUCGGAUUCUACCACAACUACGACGAAAAGUUCGUCCGCUUCCAGUCACUCGACAAGUGGCACCAACGGCCGUUCCGACACCUCCGAAAGUGAUGUGGACGAUGGUUGCCGAUCUCCCAGACUAUCCAGGAAACGGAAAGCUCGCACGAAAAAACGUCAUCCUAGCAGCAGUGACCGCUCUCCUAACCAGAACUCCGAUUCAGCGGAAACCAAUGAAGAACUUGCUUAUCUUGAUACGCUACCCGAGCACGUCAAACUAGUUGAGGUAACAUCCAAUAUUUGGGGAACCAAGUUCAAAAUUCACGGUCUGGCGAAGACCUUGCCAGCGAAUCUGGGUCAGGUAACCUACAAAACCUCGCUACUGCAUCUGCAGCCUCGCCAAAUGACUCUGGUUGUGACGGAACUGCGGGAUGAUUUCCCCACGGGACCCGAUCCUAAUUUUAAUCCGAACAUUUUUUCCGAAGACGAAGAGGAACACAAUCAAUCGCAUACUGCUUCGGGCGGCAAUCGUAAGCUAGGUGAAGCAGCACCUCCGAUUGCUCCGAUGUCUCCUAGGCCAAAUCGAUUCCCAUCUCGACCGCGUCGUCAGACUCCUUCUACACUGGCAUCUUCGUCCAAUUCACGGCCUACCUUGCCCCAGCUAGGCCCCUUGGCAAGGGCCGAAUCGUACGAAGAUGACACGGAUGGCGUAGAUGCUGGUGAACCAUCGCGGGUAGUUGCAACUCCACCCCGUCCGGGUAUUAGCUAUUCCAGUCUCGUUAGUCAGUGUAGCAGACCGUCUUCGACAUCCAGCAGUCAGUCACGGGUUGCCAUCUCGCCCCUGUACUGUGAAGGUUCAGUUCCGACACUUCAAUCACCGAAAAAUGCCGUGGCACCAAGUGAUAUCAUUUUCGAUCGACCACCAGCCGGUCAAACAACGCUGAUGAGUUAUUCCAGCAAUACCGACUACGUGAACAACGUUGUGCAAGUCAAAAAUGCUCUCAUGUCUUCGGAUCACAAUCGAGCCAACAAUCAAUCGCACGUAAAUCCGGUGCCGCUCAACCUCAACUUGAACCUUGAACGGAUAGAGGCUAAAACUAUCAACAACAGAGACCCAACACAUUCCACACCGGGCAGCAGCAAACAGGCUACUCCCAAGAAGCAAAAUCUUAAAUAUAUUGAUGAAGAAACACCAACUAGCGCCAUUAGUCCAGUUGUUGUAAUCGAACCUAGCACUAGUAACGCCAGUAGUAAUAGUAAUAGUACUAUUAAUAAAAAUAAGCAUCCAGCACCGACUAUGAAACGAACGCCAACUGUCGUUUCGAUGGCACCAGUUACUACUAGCGGAAUACCGGAGUCCAUCACGCGUAGCUGCAGUGUGGGCUAUCUAGACAAUAUAGAAAUCGUUCCCAGCGAUGCCGUUUUAUCGAUGAUGCGAAAGGAAACUCCCUACAAACGUUUGGUUUUGGUAGAUAAGAAACGUCAGAAGAAAUACAAACGAAACUUCGAUGAUCUGAAGAGAACCAGACUUCGCCAGGACUGCAAAUCCAAGAGUCUGGACUCUUGCGACAUCCUGCAGGAUUUGCCAAAUUUGAAUCGAGAUCUGAUCGAUUUGUUCCGUCAGAUGCCGAAAGUAAGCGAACUAUCAGAGAACGAGACUGAAUACUCAUCAUCCGACCAGAUCGAGCGAAUGCGUCCUUCGGUUGUGUCGGGCAACACGGCGGGCACAUCAUCCAGUAAACGACGGCCAGCCAUGAAGUUCCCCGGUGUCACUGGGCCUAUCUCCAGAACACCUAUUCUGAACCGAAAAGAGAAACCUAAAAGUUGUUCCAUUUGUAAGGCCAUUUCCCCUACGGUAAACUCGACGGAAACGGUUUGUGUCAAGUGUCGGAAAAAUGCCAGUGCUCAAAGUUCGAUUGUAGUGGAUCGAGAAAACAACAGCGUAGACGAUCAGCAGAAUCAUAUUUAUGUGGAUAUCGUAAGUGCAAAACCACCGCAGGUUCCACCGAAAGCGAAACGGUCAAUUUUGGAGCAGUACAUUAGUUCUGCUUACAGCAACAAUGGUGAAUUGAUACUGAAGGACAGCUCCUCUACCGGGGCAGGGUGCAGUAAAAGUUUGUCCGAUAAGCAGAAUAAUAACAGUAGUGUGGAUACGAACGGUACUUGCAGCACGCCAAAGUCUAGGAUCCGAAAGAAUUUCGAAAUCGUUACCAGUUUCACGGACAGUCCUUUGUUUAGUCGGCGGCACCGUUCUUUGAACCGUAGUAACUCUUCGAAACUGCAGAGUGAAAACAGUACUCCUGUGAUGAGUCGAAAGGCCGAAUCCAUGGAUAGCCGAAAGGGUAGGAAACCCGAUGAAUCUCCCCGGCGGCAUCGUCGAAAUGAGAGUUGUCCAAGUUCGAGAGGUGAAAACAAUAACGUUGACGGACCACCGUUGCAACCUAUCGAAAUUACCCCGGUCGAGCAGAAAGCUUCCGUAUCGUUGCACGCUCAAGCACUGACAACGUUGGAAAAUAUCAUCAGUCGGUUGCGGGAUUUGGACGAAGGCCGACUGACGCCUCCGUCUUCGCCGGCAAGCCCACGAUUACCACGUAGUUCGCCAGCUUCGCCUGCACCUAGUAAAAAGAACAAACGUCACCAAAGUGCUUCGCCGAUCCGACACAUACUGAAUUCACCGCUGCUGAACCGUCGCCAGCGGAAGAAGCAACCGGUCGAUGUCAGUUCCGAUGAUGAAAAUCAAACGCAAACCCAAACGACGGAUGACAGCAGUGGGGGAAGUGUCGGUAACAAGCAGUAUCGCGAUCUGGAAACGUUCCAGAAAGCACAACUCAGACAGAAGCUGAAACGAGGCAAGAUUGAACCGAAUGGCGUGGCUAGCUCAUCUCAACCGCAAGCACCGGUACGGCGUGAAUUUGUUAUGCACAACAAAGCACCUAUGUGGAACGAAAACAGCCAAGUUUACCAGCUGGACUUCGGUGGUCGAGUCACACAGGAAUCUGCUAAAAAUUUUCAGAUCGAAUUUCGAGGCAAACAGGUGAUGCAGUUCGGUCGUAUCGAUGGUAACGCAUACACACUAGAUUUCCAGUAUCCGUUUUCUGCGUUACAGGCAUUUGCAGUUGCGCUAGCAAACGUAACGCAACGAUUGAAGUGAAAUUUGUUGGCCAGACCGAGGGGGACGACAGAUCUGGUUUUUUCAAAUAAAAUACAAAAAGUCAAUGGAAAGUGAAAAAAACUACAUCUAUCCAAACAUCUAGAUCGAUCCGUUUAAAAGCGUUUCUAACCGUGUAAAAGAAAGUCAAAGAACAUGUGAUCUCUUAAAAAGUUUCUGUUACUGGUCUUGACAUUCACUGUGUCAACAUUGAUUCGUCAGCAGAUUGGUAAAAUGAAAUUAGGGUUAAACAACAUUGAAAAUUUGUUUUCUUGGUAGCUGGGAGCAUGAAGAUGGAAUAUAAUAAUUUUUGGUUCGAGUUGAAUAUAGAAACUGUGGAAAAUGACGCAGAUAUUAAACGAGAAUGGCCAACAUUCCGAUAGGAUAUGGCAGAUAAUCCGGAGCAUACGCUCUCGGUGUGUGGGUUAGCUAUGCACCAGAAUAUAACAAAACUGAUUUUACAGGACGAUAGUUCACAACUUUCCGAACUGUCUGCAUCUGGCAUCUUCAUGUGACAUUUGCAACUUUCAGGUUUCAUGGCCUAUUACGAUACAUCAUAUCUCCAUGAUUAUGUUUUUAACCAGCAAAAAUCCAUGAAAAGACGAUCGAUCCAUAUUCAACCGUUACUAUGUGUAGCAAAGAGAAGCAAAGUGUGCAUAAUCGUAUGCAGCGUGAAAAAGUCUAAUCGAAGCGAAGUGCAGUUUUUUAGUGUCGUCCCCCUCGGGCCAGACAGUAGGUUUGCUGUAAUGAUAGAAGAAGAAACAACUGUAGCAGUAAAUUAAAUCAUUGACAUAUCACAUAAAUAGGUUCUGUUGAUACGAUCAUGCAACUUAUAACUCGUGUAGACGCAGAAGUGUUUGAUGUUACACGUUGUAUGCACACAGCUUCGAAAAUAACUAAAGAACUAUUAUUUUUUGUUUUUGAAUUACACUCGUGUGUCGCAGUUAAGUUUGUCGUCAAGCUUUUACCACUCGUUUCAUCGUUUUAACCUCAUACGUAUUUAUACAACACUCAAUCUGACAGAUCAUCGUAGCUUUUCACAUAUCAACUCGGGAGUCAUUCGUCAUAAUGUCACCAAUUAAAUGUGCUGAAAAAAGACGAUAUUGAAGAUAUACAUACAUGUGUAACUGGCCUAUAGAGUGUGCAAUCAAAAAUAUGACAAAUUGUGAAACUGUAAAUAUAUGAUGCGCCAAAUUAGUAAAGGAAAAACAACAAAAAACUAACACUUUGACCUAGAUGUGCCGUCGCGAAGCGUCUUACUCCAUGUGCAAUACUUAUUUAACCUACUACCGAUGAUGCGAUAUUUCGGUUCUAGAUGUUCGUACCAUUAGAAGAAGUCCUGUUUAGACUUUUCUAGCUUAUUGUCUAGUCGAAUUUUGAUUUUGCCUGUCGCGCAUUACCUGUUCUAGUCAUUUUUGUCGAUUACUUUCUCAUAAACGUUCCUCUAGUCAAACUAAGCUUUCCUUGUUCAUGUUCUAUUUAUUUUUACGUUACUCGUUAGAAUGUUGAAUUAUUUUUCGCUCUACUAUUGAACUAGUUGUAAGAACCCCGCGACAUUGAGAAAAGAAUGAUAGCGAACUUAGGGUAAGUUUUUAAGCAAGCUGAAAAACCGGUUUGAACGUUGCUAGGUAACCGAAAAUCACACAUAUGAUUAAAAUCCAUCCAAAGUUGGAAAUCUUAGACAAAUGCAAGCAAAAAUCACUAAACUAGCAACAAUAACACAGUGCUAACGUCCGUUUUAAAUAGGAAAGCCAAAUAAGCUGGAUUUUUUCGUGGACAGCGCUAUACAGCCAAAGCUCUCUUUUGAUAGACGUUAAAAGACGAUCAAAUUUUUUGUCAUAUUUGUAGUUUUUUACCCAAAACGACAACAAUAAACAGAAUGCGAAUCUAACUGAAGGAACAUACAAUAAAACAUAAUAAUCGAAAUGAGGCGUAUAUCAAGCGCAGGAUACACUAUACUGGGUUUCCUUUUUGCAGCAGCAAUCACGAUGUUUUGUAUUCUUUGAAACCAAACAGCAAAAGAAGAAAAAAACGAUACCAAAGGCUUAUUGGUCUGCGAUGAAGUGUAAUUCUUUUUUCAACGAUCGCACACCAACCAAUUAGCUUAACGAUAGCCAUAGUUGUUCUUUUGUUUUUUUUAAUCAACGCGCCGUUACCGUUAUAUAAUGCAAAAUGCAAAACACUGACAUAGUACUCGUUUCCAGCCAUACAAACAGCACUAGAAUAAUAGAGCAAAGCCGGUGCGCAUAUCCGCCCCCGGUGCGGCAGUCGAAAGCAACUCUUAUAGACAAAACUUAACACCCGUUGCAGAUGGUAACUUAAUAAAUUCUGUGUAUUCACACCAAUCACGAAAUAAACGAUCAGUGUUCCGAA